CAACUUGUCUUCAACAUUCCCAUAUCCAUCUCUCUCUCUCUCUUUGGGUUCUCUUUUCCUCUAUUUUGUGGGUCCCCUUACCCUGCAAAACACUUCCACAUACAGCUGUAUCAUUAUUAUAUCUUCCUCAUCCAGCAACUUCAUUUUCAUUUUCAACUUCCUUUCUAACUGCCUCAGUUUUCUUUUCUCUUAACCAUUUUCCUCUCUCUCUUUUUACUCUUUUGUUCUUCUUCUUGCUAUGGCAACACUUUCUGAAAAUGUUACUGGGUUGGAAAACGAGUUUGGUUUUCCUACUGAGUUUCCUUACGAGUUUGACUCGUUUGAAACUGAAAACAGUGAUGAAGAAGAAGAUUUUUUCGUUGGUUUAACUCGUCGAUUGAGUCAUGCAUCCAUUCAUGAAAAUCGGAAGAAACUCACUGUUCCCAUUUUCAACAAUGAAAAACCUGAAGAAAAGAUUCAGGAGAAAGUUACUGUUAUGGCGGGUUCACCACAAUCGACACUUGCCGGAAUCGGAAGUUGGUCUGGUCGGAGCGGCGGCGGGUCAAGUGACGGAAGUCCAAACGGGUCGACUCGUGUUCCUUCACCGACGACGGUGCCAUUUUCCGGUGGGAACGAUGCUUGGGAUGUUUUGUACGCUGCUGCCGGUGAGGUUGCGAGGUUGAAGAUGAACGAUGAAGUCAAAAGAGGUGUACUCGGCGGUCUACCAUCACCUACCAUGGCGGAGAAUCGUGCCGGAGCGGUUUUUGUUAAUCCUAAUGCUUCACAUGUUCAGUAUCAGCAAGUGAAACAAGAGUGUGAUUCUAUUUGGGCAAGACAUGCAUUUGCCCAGGCCCAAGCCCAAGCCCAUGUGAAGGCUCUUCAGGCUCAGGUUCAGAACAGAGUGUAUGAUUAUGAGGGAGUGAAAUGCACGCGCGCUAUGCCACGUUCAGCAUGGCAUUCUCCAAUUCAAGUGAAGAACCAGAAUAACCCGGUUUAUUUCAACGGAUCCGGGUUAAGAACCGGUUUGCAAAGAGGAUCUGGUGUGAAAAGAGGAUGUGGAGGAACAGGGGUGUUCUUACCUCGUCCAUAUGGGACCCCUCUCCCUGAAUCUCGCAAGAAAACAAGUUGUGCUCCUGUUUUGGUCCCCGCUAAGGUGAUUCAUGCUCUAAACUUGAACAUUAAUGACUUUAAUGGUGGUAGACAACCUCGUUUCUCUAAUGAUUUUGGUGUUGAUUAUGAUGCUUUGUUGGCAAGAAGAAAUGCUCUAUUGAUGCAGCAAAGAUUAAGGAUGCAAAGAGAAGAGGCAGCUAGUUAUGAAAGUCGUUUGCCUCAAGAAUGGACUUAUUGAUUCAUUAAGUUGAUUAAAGUUCAAGCAAAGAUUCGAAAAGAAGAAGAAACUAGUGAAAUUAGUAGGGUUGUGAUAAGGAUUUUAGUUUUUUUUCUUUAAUAAUAUAGUAUAAAGAUUUUAAGAAUGUGUUUGGGUUAGUUUAGUGACAAUAAAUCAUCCGGUUUUUGUGAGAGAUGCAGCUUUUGGGCAACACUUGUUGUAGUUGGAAGAACAACAGUGAAAGAUGGUAGAUUAGGGGUUAGUGAAUUAUCUUAAGAUUAUUAUUAUUUAUUAGUAUUAAUAUUAUUAUUAUUUGUAAUAUGUAAUAAGGUAAAGUGGUGUUAUUCUUCAAUGUUAGAAGAUCAUAAUCUUUGAUGCAAGUAGCAGGGUAAAGGGCUUAUUAGCAUUUAGCUAAAGUUUCAAGUCAAGACAGCUCAAGUGUUGAAAGAUUUGUCUAUAAUCUUUGUUGUAAAAGCUCUUGUUGUAAUGAUACUAGAUUGUAAUAACUUAUGCUAUUUUAAGCUAAUAUAUAUAUUUUUUUAACUUUUUGAGCUAA